AUGGGCGAGAAAGACGGAAACCAGCCCUCGACCAACGAGCCGAGGCUACAAAGACAAGAUCAUGACGAUAUCAGCAUACAUAGCAGCGUAUCUGAUACUCCAACAGCCCGAGAUAUCAUUUCAGAAAAGCUUGGCGAGUCUCCGAACGAUGGAACAGCAACUCAAGCUGACGAUGGAGUUCUGGGGGAUGCCGAGAAUAUGACCAGAGUCCCAAGCGGCCCAGCAUACAGCACCUUUUCGAAAAACACCAAGAGAUGGAUCUUGGCUUUGGUCACCGCCGCUAGUUUUGUUUCUCCUAUGACAGCCAAUAUCUACUUCCCCGCGCUAAACCCAAUCGCCGAUGAUUUGAACAUCUCGAUCUCACUCAUCAAUCUCACAUUGACGUCCUAUAUGAUCUUUCAGGGGCUGUCACCAACGAUAUUUGGUGAUUUUGGAGAUAUGGCAGGACGACGACCGGCUUAUAUCGUCGCCUUUUCCAUCUACAUCGGUGCCAACAUCGGAUUGGCUCUGCAGCGGAACUUCGUUGCGCUCUUGAUCCUUCGUUGUGUUCAAAGCGCGGGCAGCAGUGGUACCCUGGCCCUCGGCUAUGCCGUAGUCGCAGACAUCUCAUCUACGGGAGAAAGAGGAAAGUACAUGGGCAUCGUCGGAGCAGGAAUCAACAUUGGCCCUGCUCUUGGUCCAUUGCUGGGUGGUAUACUAAGUCAGUUCCUAGGAUGGCCUGCUAUUUUCUGGUUUUGCGCCAUCUUCUCUGCCACCUGGAUGAUUCCUUUCAUUCUCUCAGCCCCUGAGACAUGCCGCAAUGUCGUUGGAAAUGGGUCAAUAGCGCCCCAGAAAUGGAACAGAACAUUGCUUGAUCUUUACAGCAACAGGGGAGAGGUCACAGAUCAAAACGUUCCGAAACGAAAGCUCAAGUUUCCCAACCCAUUGAAAACGCUGUACAUCGUGUUCGAGAAGGAGAUGGCCAUUAUUCUAUGCAUCAACGCAAUCAUCUAUAUUGCUUUCAUUCUGACUGCAGCAACUUUGUCGACACUCUUCAAGGAGAUUUAUGGGUACAACGACCUUCAGGUUGGUCUCUGCUAUCUGCCUUAUGGGUUCGGUUGUGCCAUUGCUAUUGUUGUUCAAGGACGCGUGUUGGACUGGAACUACCGACGAAUUGCAAAGAAAAUCGGCUUCACCAUCGACAGAAAACGCGGGAACGACUUGGCAACGUUCCCAAUUGAAACAGCGCGAAUCCAAGCUAUAUAUCCCAUCCUGCUCGCUGGUAUCGUUACACUCAUCGGAUACGGUUGGGCCCUCCAGGUUGAAACCAGCGUUGCUGUCCCAUUAGUCCUAGUAUUCUUGAUUGGCAUGUUCGUUCCAACUUCAUUCAGUGUUCUUAACACGCUGAUUGUCGAUCUUAACCCCAAGGCACCAGCUACAGCAACUGCUGCGAAUAACCUCGUGCGCUGCAUGUUCGGAGCUGCCUCUACUGCGGCUAUCGACCAUAUGAUUGAGGGAAUGGGCAGAGGCUGGACCUUCACAUUUCUUGCUUUACUCAACCUAGCUAUGAUCCCAGUCCUGAAACUUGUAGAUAAGAGAGGUAUGGGAUGGAGGGCGGCCAAAGCAAAGCGAGAGGCCUUGAAGGCGACAUAA